AUGGUGACAGAAAACAGCAAAAGCUAUAUCCAAAAAUGGAUAAAGCUCUUAAGCGCGUUGGAAAAAGUUGACAAGGUCAUAAGUGGGGCAUCUUGGGAUUGGAACGACCAGAUUUUGAGUGGUCGGUGCAUAGAUAACGACGGGACGUGGUUUGGUAUUUCUAAAGGUGGCCGAGUCGCUUUUCUCGUGAAUACAUCGUUGUUGUUAGACCGCGUUGAGGCAAACGGCGGCUCGGAGUUGUAUCCCGUUUGUUUCUUGGAGGGAAACAUGAGUCUAGACCAGUUUGCCAACGAACUGAGACUGCAUGAAAAGCAGAGUAAUGAAAGGCAUGUCUAUAGUCUUAUCGUUGCCGACAUAACUUCGGGUUCAAUGGUUCAUAUCAGGAAACCUUUGGAAAAUGAGUCGGAUGUCAUGAUAGAGACCGUUUCGUAUGGUGUGCAUACACUUUCUCCUUACAAGGGUCUCGAUUCCACUGAAUCUCCCAGGGAUUCACGCCUGAGAGGCUUGUUUAGCCAGCAGAUGAUUGUUGAUUGGGGAAACGUUCAAGCUCUUGGGGAGAUUGGUGGGAAUACUGAGGGAGGAAGAGACGCCGCGUUUCUGGAAACUAUGGAUGAAUAUCCUUCUGGAAAUCUUGGAAGGCUACGCUAUGGAACAACAAGUACGACAGCAUUGUCGGUGAGACGCACGGAAGUGAUGGUCUUUGAGAGGUACAAGGUUAGUGGUGGAUGGGAAGGACCACGGCUUCGCUUUCGACAUCGAGUAGAGGAAGUUAUAAAGAAACAUUGCGCAGCAUCCAACUAUUAUUAUCUAUAG